GUUUAAUUUUAAAUGAAGACAUGCAGGAAGAUCAAUUGCGUGAGCAGUGCAUUAGUGUGAUUAAUGCGCUUCUGCGUUAGAUCAAAGAAAUAGCUAGGUAGCAAGUGUACAAAUCGCCUAAUCAUUUUUCCAAGUGGACGUCGCACGCAGGGCCAGCAACUCAUUAGUAUUCGGGGUCACUGGUGUUUCACGGUCGGCUCGCGGCGAAAGGAAGGCUAGUGUUCGCGUUCCCAAGUUCAUUAUUCAGCAGAGGGCGGCUGGUGUUGUCGGCACGCGAGCAGAACUCGUCCGUCCCGAAAGUGCUGCAGCAGACCUAAACAUGGAUCAAGCCCAAAUGGAAGCGGCCCAGAAGAUGAUGCAGCAACACCUGUGGGCCCUUUACGCCUUCAACGCGGGGCUGCUCGUCCUCAAAAUGUUCAUCCUCGCCUUCUCCACCGGUGUCGUCAGAAGCAUGAAAAAGGUAACCCCAAACCCCGAGGAUGCAAGGGCCAUGGGCACUCAAAGCUCAAGCAAAGCAGAUCCUGACGUCGAAAGAGUCCGCAGGGCUCACCUGAACGACUUGGAGAACAUCCCAGUCUUUUUGCUGAUCUCGUUCGUGUUCAUCCACACGCAGCCGAACUUAGCCCUUAGUCAUUUCCUCUUCUGGGCUUUCGCGGCGGCUCGAUUCGCGCACAGCGUCGUCUACGCUCUCUACCCUCUGCCGCAGCCAACCAGAACCAUCCUCUUUCUCAUCGGCGUCGUCAUCACUAUCUACAUGAUCUUUGCUAAUUUUGUCUUCUUCAUGAAUCCGCUCGUCCAACCAUUCAUGAUGAAAAAUUGAGUCUUCGCGUCGGAAAAUAAAUUGUUCAUGAGUAGCAAAUAUAUCUCAUUAUCUCAUCAUAUUCUCUCGUUUGAAAUAAAUGUUAUAAAAAAUAAAUUUAAAUGUUUAAUAAAUGACUCAUUGAGUAUUCAUUA